AUGCAUAAACUUCUAGCUGAAGCGGAGUACGCAAGUGACGACGAUACUGGAGAAAACGCCAUCGCUCGCGCCUUUGGCAGCCGGUUCCACAUCCCGCUAGACUUUGAGCUUCUAGAUAGCUACAUGCCAUUGUACCAGAGUGUCUUGGCCGACCGACUGGAGUACAAACUGACGUUCAACGAUUACGGCCGGAUUGGUGCAGUCAAAUGCCUUCCAUACCUGUUGAGCGUGGAUGUAGUCCUCAUCGCUAAUGCCUCCGACUUUGAGCUUACUGUAGAAAGCCUAUUUGGAUGGGAGGCUGGACUCGUCGAAGCGCUCCCAGGAGUCCAUAUACUCAUAGGGGGACUAAAAAUUGCAUUACUUGGGGUGACCUUCCUUGACCUCGUACAGAGAACAGAGACUGAUGUGAAAACCGGUUCUUACCUGUUCGUGGUUUCAGGCCUGGGGUCUAUGCUGGGGUCCGUAGUGGCGGGCUUCCUAUGUGACAGGGGCUAUGCUCACGACACUCUCACCUCGGGUCUAGUAAUCACAGGUGUUUUCGGUGCCCUUAUACCAUGGCCAAAGUCAUUUUUCUUGCUUUUGUCGGUGAAUUUUGUUGUUUCUGUUGGUUUGGGAUUCACAGAAACAGUGGUCCCGUUUCUUGUGGCAAAGCUGUGGGAUGGGGACCAAGCCGCCUACACACAGGCCGCCUAUUUCUGCUUCUCCGCUGGUGGUAUCUUGGGUCCAGUCAUCGCAGAACCCUUCCUAAACCCGCUAUUGACGACAUCAAGGAUGGUGAGGAAUGUGUCAUCUUCACACCUCAGCCUGGGUAAUCUUACUUCUGAGGUCAGUGUAACUUACGAUGCUGUAGCUAAUGACGUAGGUCGUAUCUACAUCCCGUUCUUCAUUUCUGGAGCUAUCACCUUGCUUUCGGCAGCACUUUGGACGACAGGCUUUUGUAGUGAUCGACAUCGAUACAACAACAGCAGAACGAAUUCUGUGGAAAUGGAAAAUAGUACCAGUCAUACUGACUCAUCUGAGUUAAAGAGAUACGCCUUGUUCUUUUUCCUUGCUCUUGUGGCAGUGUUUUUUGUGCUUUACGACAGCGUCGAGGAUGGCUUUCAAAACUACGUAACUACCAUUUUGGUGGACAGCAUGGACUGGUCAAAGUCUGAUGGCGCCAAAGCCACUUCCGUGUUCUGGGGAUGCUACACCUGUGGAAAGGUCGUCGGCUUUUUCCUGGCCAGGAUGUUGGAACCGUUCAAACUCGUAAUGGGGUGUUUCCUGGGCUUAAACACUGUGUGGGUUCUACUCAUUUGGUUCCUACAGAGCGAAAGCGUUUUGUCCUGGAUCUUAAUAGCCCUUUUGGGUUUAUUCAUGUCCCCGUUAUAUCCAAUAAGCAUGUCAAUAGCCAACACGUACAUAUCAUCAGGCAUGGUGUCCUCCAUUAUUAUUACAUCUUCAGAUCUGGGAUGUCUUUUGAACCCUAUUGUGAUUGGACACCUACUGCAAUCAUCCUCGGAACAUUUAGCAAGUAGGAAGAUCUUUUCUAAAAACAGGAACUUUCCAGUGGAUCACUUUUAA